CAUUCAGACAGCGGUCUGGGCGUGUGGGGUGGGGUUGAGUCUCGGAGACCGAGUUUCGCUGAAAGUUGCAAAUGUUUGUUACAGUCCUGUUUGCGGCGAGCGUGUGACUGUAACAGGUUGGGACGAUCGCUUUCACUGAAGAUGAAGACUAAGCAGGUUGGAGUCCGUCGAUCAGCACGUAUUAGGAACAGGGAGCUCUGUUCUACAGCUUCAAAUGUCCCCAAUCAGGAUGUUAAAGAUGACAGCUCAGUGCAGAAAACAACCACGCCAUCAUUUGAAGCCCUGCCCAUGGUGGAUAAAGUGGUUUCCAGUACAAGUGACCAUCCCUCAAAAAAACAGAAAUGCGAAAGAGUGGAAGUGCAAACACAGGAGAAAGCUGGUACCACUGAGCAAGAUCUGGAAGAUUCUGUAGUCAUCCUUCCUCAUAAACCAUCCCAUAAAUCAGCAGAACAAACUGAGAAGCCAGUUAUUCAUGAGGACUGCACACAGGAGACCCCAUUACAACUGGAAAAUGAAGUGCCCUCCACAACAACCAUAGAAUGGAGCAACACAGAGAAACAAAGGGAGCAUGCAGCUGAAUCUGAAGAAUUGGCUACUAAUAAUGAGUCUUCAGCAGAGAUAACAACAAAGAAAAUGUUGGAUGUCGUUGAUAAGGGCCUGUUGGAAAGCAAAGAAGACAUUGAGAAAACAGUGAAAAGUGAUAAUGAUGCGGAAAGGAGAAAUAGUAUGGAGAUUGAUCAACCACCAGGGACCUCAUUCAAAGUGGACAGCAGCAUCUUUCUGGAUGAGGACAGCAAUCAGCCAAUGCCUGUUGGCAAGUUCUUCGGAAAUGUAGAGAUAAUGCAAGACCUUCCGCAGUCGGUACCACUUCUGGAUUCUGCCACCAGGCGGGAGUAUAGGAGGAGACAUUUUAUUGCCAAAGAUGAAGAAGAUGAAGAGCUAGAGGACAAGGCAGUUAAUGAGACUUCAGGAGAGCCAAGAGCCAUGCCUCCUUCAGAAACUGAGGUGCCUGUGGGAACUGAAAUGAAAGUAAAUGCUGUGCAGCAAAAUAUACCGGACAUGGUGGAAAAGUGUUUGUGAUGGUCUGUCAAAGCACAGAUGGAAACUGUAAACCAGUCAAUGGCAAACCAAAAAUGUAUGAUUUCAUGCCUAAUAAUAGCAAAGCCUUAUUUUUGUGGCCUGGUUUGUUAUGGAAACCAACUUUGGUAAUCACUCAGCUAAUAUACUUUCUAUGGUUGCACAACAUGAAUCUGUGGUAUUUAGUAAUCAAAAUUUUGGCUUGAAAUUAUUUCAGCUGUGCUCUGUGAUUUUAUGCUAUAUCUUACUGUUUAUGAUAUUCUUUUACUUAAGUUUGCACUCAGAGUAAAAUAGCCCUGACCUUUAUAUCUAGAACUUUUGUUAGAGCAAAAAUCCAAAUUAAGGACCUUUUAAGUUACACCAACUACUUAAAGUUAGAAAUGAAAGUAAAUGUUGGAAUACUUUUGGAAUUUGUGCAGAGCCUUUGCCAGUGUGAGUAUGAAUGCGUGGUUAGAGUGUGCUGCUACAGAAAAUCAUAACUGCAAAUUUACAGCUAAGACAGAGUCUUACAUUGGUUUUGUGGAUUUUGUACAUAUUCAUUUUCUAGAAUAAUUAUUGAUUUUUAAUGUCACAUUUUAAAUCACGACAUGGUUUGGAAAAUCCUGUCUUAUCUACUAAAAUGACCUGUCCAUCCAUUCUCAUCUGAGAAUGUUUUGCAUAUUUGAAAUCGUGUUUUCAUGGAAAUUAGUUUGCAGUUCUUAAAUUCAGUUUGUAAAUUUAGGGAAAUGUGUGAUGCAAAGUGAAUGAAGUGAAUUUGCAAUUUUUUUGUUCAACAUCAAACAAUAAUUACGAAGUAUUGAAAUAAGAUAAAUUACGGCAAAAAUAAACAUAAGAAUCUGUAACCAGUCUUCGCUGUGUUCAAAACCUAACAUAAGGAAUGAAUUAAACACUUCAGUUUUCUGAUUGAGUCAGUUGUCUUAAUUGAUGCAGUAGAUAUUUGCUAACAAGUAAUAGGGAUGAUGGAUGGCAUUUUUCAGAGCAUUCAUUAAUCUUGGAAAAGAAGCCUGCAACUCCAUUUUCAGUACAUAUACUUCAUUCUAAUUACAUCUUGUAGUUUUUCUGCUUAUUGUUUAUGAUAAUAUUCAUUGAAGGUUGCAUUUUGUAAAGUUAAAGCCAUUUUGAAUCCUAUUGAGUUUUCUGUAUCUUACCAGCAUUACUAUCAUGUUACCACGUAGAAAAUUAUUCAACUCAUUAACACUUAAUUUGAUCAAAUGGAAGUGCUUUUGCAUGGUUACCCUGUGUCAGCCAUCAGUUUCCUGUUAAUGCUGUUUGAAAUGAUUCAGGAAGAAAUGUUCUGUAAGCUUUGGUUCUUUCUCACUCUAGGUAUUGUGACUGGCCUUCACUCAGCCCUCUGUCCUUGAAGUACAAUUAAUGAUGUUGGCAGCACCGUUUCAGAGAAAUAGUGCUUCUCUGCCAUCCAUGGAGUCAUGUCCUAAGCCACAUUUAUUGACCAGUUUAUGAAAUCCCAGCAACAGUUAAACAGUUAAAUAAUUUAAUUCAAUCAUAUGUUCAAGCUGGCUGUAAAAAGCUUUCAUAAAUGCUAAAAUGAAAACCCAGAGAGCUUUGAGCACGUUGUUAGCAGUUGGUGAAGAAUUGUGAAUAAUGUUUUCCUCAAGAUGACAUAGAGCUCUGAAUAUAAAACAUUUUUUUGUAAACUGUUCAUAAGGUACAAGAGGGAAGUUAGCUGACUUAUUGGAAAGUUAACAUCCAAUUGAUUUUGGUUAUGUGGUUCAAUUCAAAAAUAGUUAAUCUUUCAAUAAACCAAACAAAGUCAAUUAUGCUACCUAACUAUAUUGUGUGUAUUCAACAAAAUAGCCUUUUAAUUGUGUUUCUUAAAUUAAUUAACUUUAAGAGAAGGGUUGGACAUUUGCAUUUUGAGGCCACUGUGGUUUGUAAUGUUGCUUUUGACUCAUAUUAAACAUUGGUCGAUUAGUCUACAUUUCAAACUGAACAGGAACUCUGGUUGUCAAAAUCAUAUUGGUCGUGGGUGCACAUGUUGAAUGACAGACAGGAGGUAUUUGGAAAAGUGUUGGGUAAAUAAAUGUAUUUUAAGGACGUAGCCAGAGGAAAUCCAUUAGAUUGGUCAGAAGAGGAGUAGACAAGAAAUUAUGAAAUGCUUAUUGCACGUGAUAGACUCAGUGAAGGAAGGAGCACAAUUAUCAAAAAGUGAUGGUUGAUAUUCCAUUCUACAUGACUGUUAUGUGAUUCUCAUGGGGUUCAUGUUCAUGACCAAAGUGAUAAGUUUAUGUCUCUGUUUAGAAAUUUGUUCCUAGAAUUAAAAUUUCUUUUGUUAAAUCUGGAGAAUGUUGGUCUGCAUCAUCAGAAUGUAUUCUUUACCCUUCUGUUGUUGGUGCUAUGUCUUUAACAACAAAUUGGCUGUUUUUUUAAAUUAGAAAUGAUAGACAAAAUUUAGAGGGUUUAGUUUUCACCUGAAAUAAAUCGUUAUUACUAUUCUAAUUUGUCAUCUUAUUUGUUCCUUAUCCCUGUUCCUUUAUUGUCCUUUCUUCUAUUUCCUUGAACUGUGUUAUGGGUUCCUCCCAAUGUGUAGGGCUAGUCAUGCUACCAUCAGGGCAUAAAGAUAGCUAAAGGCCAUGGCAAUUAGUCUGUUAAUCCUUCCAGUAAUUCAUAAUUUUCUGCCAGGGAAGACUGUGAAAGUGCUUUAAAAGGAAAUGUUAUUAUUUCAGUCUGUAACUGAAAACUGUUCCAAUUUCCACAAAUCCAUCCCUCCUCUUCUCUCCCCCACUCCAUCAGCAUUGAACCCACUGCUCUGCAGUGUCUCCAGUUGAUACCUUCCACCUACCACUGAUUUUGAGAUCAAGUUUUCAUCAUUCUUCAUAAAGAGGUAAACACAUAGUGGUUAGCACUAGUGCCUGACAGCACCAGGGACCCAGUUUCGAUUCCAACAUUGGGUGACUAUGUGGAGUUUGUACAUUAUCCCUGUGUCUACUUGGCUGUCCACCAGGUGCUCAGGUUUCCCCUCACAGUCCAGAGAUGUACAGGUUAGGUGGAUUGGCUGUGCUAAAUUGCACGGUGUGUGCUGGCUACGUCGAUUAGCCACAGUAAAUGUGGGUUUACGAGGAGGGUCGAUGCAGAUUUUAUGGGCUGAAUGGCCUCUAUCUGCCAGGAUUCUAUGAUUCUGAAAAGAAAAAUACUUGCAUUUCUGUAGCAUCCUUCCUGACUUAGAUGUGCCUGAAAGCGCACGACAGCAAAUGAAGUACAUUCAGAGGUGUAGUUACUGUCAUAAUUUAGGAAACAUGGCUGCCAUUUUGUAUGCAGCAAACUCACACAGCCAAAAAUGUGAUAAUAACCCAAUAAUCUGUUUUAAUGACAUUGCUUGAGGGAUAAAUCUCAGCCACAACACAAGAGAAGUCUCCUACCUUUCUUCAAAUUAAUGCAGUAGGUUUUUUUUCUUAGUAAAUAUUUCGUCAGCAAUACAUGGAGUGUCAGACUAGAUUCUCUCAAAAGGAAUAAUCCUCUGCCUCAGAAACAAGAGUACUACCACUGAACCUGGGAUAAUUGGAGACAGCACUCCACAUGCACCAAUCCUCACUUAAUGAAUAUGACUUCAUUGCCCUGUGACCCCAGCCUGACCUAAAUUGUUCAGACCUCCUGCAUCCAGCAGAAAGCAUUCUGAAAAAUUCUUUGCUUCCCUGAGCUUCAUUCUCAUUUUCUCUCCAUUACCUAAUUUUCCAUAGUGUGACUUGUGUGCUGUCUUCUAUUUGUGUGCAAUUCCACUCCAGAACUGGAACGUUCCCAAGUGGAACAGUGCAAGUACACUAGUCUGUGUUUAAUUGUAAACUGAAAUCUGAAACUGAGCCAAGGGGGUUGGUCAGAGGAGUUUUCAGUAAUUUAAGCUUGUUGCACUAACUUUCUACACAAAGUGAUACUAUUUUUAUUUCCAUUUUCAAAUAUAUUACUUUUGCUGAUACAUCCUAAAAAGAAUCAAGUGUCUUGAUUUAUUCAAGUGCUAGAAGUGAAGCUCAUCCCAGAGUCUAGAUAGGAAGCAUUGUUAGAGAUAUGUUGUGUUUGCAUUGCACCAAAUUCUGGACCUUCUAAAUGUGGCUGUGUAAAUAUACAAGACUGGUAUGAGAGUGAUGUUAUCAGGUCGAUGGACUGGUGCCACUGAAAACACGUGUGAAAAGCGUGGAAUGAUUAAGAAUCAAAAUCAAAAAGACAAAAAAAAAGCAGAUAACUGACUUUCCAAAUGAGGUGACCUUGCCACACAACUGUCUCCCUCAAUAACAUUGGUGCUAUUUUAGUGAAAUUUAGAUUUUGAAGCACUUUUUUUAUUCAGUCUAUUUCUAGUGGUUCAAAGUUGGAUUUCAACUAAGCAAAAUUUUCUUGUAAGCUCAAUAACAUCUCUCAUUAGAUAGAUAGAUAGAUAGUUUUCCUAAUGCAAUGAACAUUGAUUUAUUUGAAGAAAUUGAAAUAAGAAUAUGUUAUAGAACAUAGAACAUUACAGCACAGUACAGGCCCUUCGGCCCUCCAUGUUGUGCUGACCUGUCAUACCGAUCUCAAGCCCAUCUAACCUACACUAUUCCAUGUACGUCCAUAUGCUUAUCCAAUGACAACUUAAAUGUACCUAAAGUUGGCGAAUCUACUACCAUUGCAGGCAAAGCGUUCCAUUCCCUUACUACUCUGAGUAAAGAAACUACCUCGGACAUCUGUCCUAUAUCUUUCACCCCUCAAUUUAAAGCUAUGCCCCCUCGUGCUCGCCGUCACCAUCCUAGGAAAAAGGCUCUCCCUAUCCACCCUAUCUAACCCUCUGAUUAUUUUAUAUGUUUCAAUUAAGUCACCUCUCAACCUUCUUCUCUCUAACGAAAAUGUCUCAAGUCCCUCAGCCUUUCCUCCUAAGACCUUCCCUCCAUACCAGGCAACAUCCUAGUAAAUCUCCUCUGCACCCUUUCCAAAGCUUCCACAUCCUUCUUAUAAUGCGGUGACCAGAACUGUACACAAUACUCCAAGUGCGGCCGCACCAGAGUUUUGUACAGCUUCACCAUAACCUCUUGGUUCCGGAACUCGAUCCCUCUAUAAAUAAAGGCUAAAACACUGUAUGCCUUCUUAACAGCCCUGUCAACCUGGGUGGCAACUUUCAAGGAUCUGUGUACAUGGACACCGAGAUCUCUCUGCUCAUCUACACUACCAAGAAUCUUACCAUUAGCCCUGUACUUUGCCUUCUAGUUACUCCUACCAAAGUGCAUCACCUCAAACUUGUAUUUAAUGCCUCCCUCCAACAGUGACAGAUUAGCUAGCUUACCAAAGUAAGAAAUAAGUCUUACAGACAAGCAAUGUCCCAAACUCUACUUUGAGUUAGCCGACCUCAGCUAGGGUAGCAACUAAGCUAUGAUGAUUAGCCUGAAUCAUUUUGGGUGAAAGGGAAUGAAUUGGACUAGUUAUUGGCCUGCUGUGUUCAUCCAGCUUCACACUUUGUUAUCUUGGAUUCUUCGGCAUCUGCAAGUUCCCAUUAUCACUAGUUAUUGACCUUGUUGGUCCAGUGCUCCCAGCUGGAAAUACAUUUACUUGUUGAAAUGGAGUGAGGGCACAACUGCUUAAACAUCAACACCAAUCCACCUUGCCAGCACCUCCGUCAAAACCUACAUUCAAAAAGUUGUUUCAUGAGUUAAAUACUGAAGGCUAAUGAUUUACAUACAGCAAAGGAAGAAAAGGGGGGAAAACUCACAGGCUGAAGGUGCUGGUGGACAGUGUCUGACAUGAAAUAUAUUCAGUAGACCAUCAACACCUUCCCAGCCUUUUAAACAAUAAAGAAAAGAAUAUUUUCAGACUAUAUUGGUGCAAAUUGUGCUGUUAAAAAUGACAUAAAAUUUGAAUGCUCUUCAUUCAUAAUAUUUUUGGUAUUUGCACUAUGAAAUUUAGAGAAAACCAUUUAUAAACCCAGACAGCAAUGUGUGUUAGUUCUCAUGGAUCAAUGUUUAGUGAAUUUUAGAUUUGAUUUUUAUUUCCUAGGUUGCAGCAUUUUUAAGAGAUAUUGCCUCCAAACACCUGCAUCUGAUUUAAAGAAACAGGAAUCUGUCAGGGAAGAUCAUUUUUGUCAAUCCAUAUGAGUUAUCAAGAAAUUAACCUCUUAAGCAAUGGUUUUAUUUGUCUAUUGGAUGUACAAAAAAUUAUGUAUAAUGUACGUGAAUAUCUAUUUGUAAAAUUGGUUUAACGAAAAAUAAACAGUUCUGGUAGAAA